UGCCAUCUCCAACUAUAUAUCUCUUGUAUAUGCGAAUAUUAGAUUUAGCAAUAUAUAAAAUUUUAUGUUAUUAUUAAAAUACCCUUUAAAUAUAUCUUGUCUUUUGCUUAUUCUUCAAUUACCCUUCCAUGCAUCGAUCUAAGCCUCUGUUAAUUUAAUUAGAAUUUGUCCGGGAAAAUUAUAAUCACAAAACUGUGAUCUAUUAAAAUAUAAGUUUUGUAGUUAAAAUUUUGUAAAGAACGAAAGCUGUCGAUGUAUGAGACAGUUCACAGCAGAAUCAUCGUCAAGAGUAUAUAUGUCACCUAUAUAUAGUUCACUAAUUGCUGCUGCCAAGUUCUCAGCAGUUUGAGACAAAAGGCGUCGCUUGGUUCCAAAAAUGCAGGCCAAAUCCUGCCAGUUUAUGCCACCUUUCUGCCCGGCGACGCCCUCGACCUCUCCGCCGGGGAACAAAGUCUCUUUUCCGGCCAAAACCUCACGGGCAAUCUCAAUCACUGCUCCAAGCGACCUCGUCAUCGCCCCAGAUGUAUUGGACGACUCGGUGGCUGCAUUCUGGGACUACCAGUUCCUCUUCGUCUCGCAGCGCUCUGAAACGGCGGAGCCCGUCACCCUCCGAGCCGUGGACUGCUGCUUGCCGCCGGACUUCCCCUCCGGCACGUACUAUCUCACCGGCCCGGGCAUGUUCACCGAUGAUCACGGCUCCACAGUGCACCCUCUCGACGGCCAUGGCUAUCUCAGAUCAUUCACCGUUGAUGCGGCCAAGGGCGAGAUCAAGUUCAUGGCUAGGUAUGUGGAGACCGAGGCUCACACGGAGGAGCGAGAUUCGGUGACCGGAGCGUGGCGAUUCACCCACCGCGGACCGUUUUCUGUCCUAAAAAGUGGCAAGAUGGUGGGAAACACAAAGGUGAUGAAAAACGUGGCAAACACGAGUGUUCUCAGAUGGGGUGGCCGGUUAUUUUGCUUAUGGGAAGGCGGAGAUCCUUACGAGAUUGAGUCGAGGAGUUUAGACACUGUCGGAAAAUUUGAAGCCAUCACUACUGUCCACCGCUCACGGCCGCUGGGUGAAGGAUUCGAGGGCGCUGUGUGGAAUUUGGCAGCGUCAGUUUUGAAGCCUAUCCUAUAUGGAGUGUUUAAGAUGCCGCCCAGGAGAUUGUUGUCGCAUUACAAGAUCGACGCUCGGAGAGAUCGGCUUCUGAUCUUGUCAUGUAAUGCGGAGGAUAUGCUGUUGCCUCGCAGUAAUUUCACCUUUUACGAAUUCGACUCGAAUUUCAAAUUGCUGCAAAGCCGAGAAUUCAACGUCCCCGAUCACCUGAUGAUCCACGAUUGGGCAUUCACCGAUUCCUACUACAUACUGUUCGGCAAUCGAAUCAAGCUCGACGCCAUCGGAUCAAUGGCGGCAGUGUGCGGCUUAUCUCCGAUGAUAUCGGCGUUAUCGGUGAAUCCGAGCAAGCCGACGUCUCCGGUUUACUUGCUCCCUCGAUUUUCGAGCGAAUCGACGAAGAACACUGAGAUCGAUUGGAGAGUCCCCAUCGAAGCUCCUUCUCAGAUGUGGGUACUACACGUUGGUAAUGCUUUUGAGGAGAGGGGCGAUAAUGGGAAUACGGAGAUUCAAAUACAAGCUACCUGCUGCUCUUACAGCUGGUUCAACUUCCAGAAAAUGUUUGGAUAUGAUUGGCAGACUGGUAAGCUUGACCCUUCCACGAUGAAUGUGAAGGAAGGUGAAGAUAAGUUGUUGCCUCACCUUGUUAAGGUGUCUAUAACCUUGGGUGCAAACGGGAAAUUCGAAAAUUGUUCAGUGAAGCCAUUGAAUCAGUGGAGUAAAGCAUCAGAUUUUCCAGUCAACCAAGGCUAUUCAGGCAGCAGGAACACCUAUAUCUAUGCGGCAACUUCUUCUGGUUCUCGCCAAGCAUUGCCACAUUUCCCAUUUGACACUGUGGUCAAAUUGAACACUUCCAACAAGUCCAUCCAAACUUGGUCCGCCGGACGCCGACGGUUCAUCGGGGAGCCGGUUUUUGUCCCCAAGGGAAGCCAAGAAGACGAUGGCUACAUUCUUGUGGUGGAGUAUGCAGUUUCAAGGCAGAGAUGUUAUCUAGUCAUUCUGGAUGCAAAGCGGAUUGGGGGAGUUGAUGCUCUUGUAGCCAGAUUUGAAGUCCCGAAGCACUUGAAUUUUCCUCUCGGCUUUCAUGGCUUAUGGGCCCCUGAUGGCCCCACUCUUGAUAAUUAGCAGAAGAUGGCUGUGUUUGUCGUGCAUUACACUUCCAUACACUCUCACUUGGGAUGGCAAAAAAUGGGAAAAGUGAGUGGUACAAUGAAAUUCACCUGUACAGUGCAAUUUACUGACCAUAAUUCCAACAUUCCCAUACAUGGCUUUUCUCCCUUCUCUCACGAAUUAUCCCUUGCUUUAUUUGUUGUAUUAUAAACAAAAAUGUCAUUAUUAUUAUUAUUAUUACUGCUACUACU